AUGUCAAAAGAACCAAGGAAUCCAAAUCGCAACUGUUUUGCAGAAGAUGAUAAUGCAAGAAUAGAUGUUGCGGAGGAAGAAAUGGCUUAUCUACCUAGAGGUAUUUCUCUUUUUAGCUUUAAGUUUGAAAUUAGCUCUACUGGAUCAAAGCUUGUUGAUGUUACAGCUACAAAGAUCCUUCCUAUGGAUAGCUCGUUUAUUUUACUUGCUAUGGAAGUUGAGCGUAUAAUGAGCAAAAUUCCAGAAGGUCAGAGCUUAACAUUAAAUGCCAAUGAAGAAGAAGAAGCUGUUUUGAAAGUAGUUGACUCUACUUCCAGUGGAUUUUCUACAUUAGAUGAGCUGCCUUCCAACAUGAGUAUAAUACCCUCUUCUGAAAAAUUUAAUUUGGAUGAAAAAUGCUUGAGACAAUCUCUGAAAGAAACAACAUCUUUGUUUGAGGAUGAAAAUGGAAAAAAGGAAUGUUCUUUUGUUGAUUCGACUGAGUCAGGUGAGAAACGGUGUUCAAAGAGAUUUAAGGCCACAGCUUCUUUAGAGGAGAAACGCAAAAAGGGCAAAAAUAUGUCUUCCUUUAUUGGUGAUCCAAUUCCUGAUGAUGAAGCUCAAGAAAGGUGGCGUUGGCGUUAUGAAAUGAAGAGUCAAAGAUCCAAUAGUCAUCACUUAAACUUUGAUGAGGAUGAAGAAGAUAAGAUAAUUUGGAAUGUGCAAUGCCAUUAUGCUCAAGCUAAAGUUGACAAUUGCAUAUUCAGUCUUGGAGAUUGUGCAUAUAUAAUGGGUGAUGGUGGGCAAAAACAUGUAGGUAGGAUCUUGGAAUUUUUCAAAACAACUGAUGUAGAACAUUAUUUCAGAGUCCAGUGGUUUUACAGAGUUGAAGACACAGUUAUCCAAGAUGAGGGUGGUUUUCAUGACAAGAGGCGUCUGUUCUACUCUACAAUAAUGAAUGAUAAUUUGCUGGAUUGUAUUAUUUCAAAAGUCACUGUUAAGCAAAUAACACCUAAGGUAGGUUUAAGAUCGAACUCUAUUCCGAGGAUUGACUUCUAUUAUGAUAUGGAGUACUGUGUUGAUUAUACCACAUUUCGCUCUUUGGUAAUUGAUAAUUCUGUUAAGAGUCACAAUGUAUCAUCACCUGAUGGCAUUAAGUCUGUCCAUACAAUGGCCACCAGAACUUUUUUGGAGAAUGUACCCAAUUGUGAAACACAUGGAGCUGACUUAGUACUAUUAGAUCUUUUUUCUGGUUGCGGUGGGAUGUCAACUGGAUUGUGCCUUGGUGCCAAACUUUCUGGUGUUAAUCUUGCAGCGAGAUGGGCCCUUGAUUGUGAUAAAUCUGCAUGUAAAAGUUUGAAACUCAAUCAUCCAGAUACACACGUCAGGAAUGAAACUGCUGAGGAUUUUCUAGAACUAUUGAAGGAAUGGGAAAAGCUAUGUAGACGUUAUAAGGUCAGUGAUGUAGGAAGAACACGUCAAUCAAGGGCUGAGACCUUAAGAUCACACAAAAGUGAUGAAAAUUCUAGUGAUGAUGAGUUUUCCUCUGGUGAAUAUGAAGUUUCUAGACUAGUUGAUAUUUGCUAUGGUAAUCCCAAUAGGAAAGGCAAGCGUGGAUUACAUUUUAAGGUGCAUUGGAAGGGUUAUAGUGCAAGUGAAGACACAUGGGAACCAGUAGAAGCAUUAAGUAAUUGCCAAGAAAGGAUACAGGAUUUUAUUUGGAAUGGGCUGAAAUUGAAAAUCUUGCCACUGCCAGGUGACGUUGAUGUUAUUUGUGGGGGUCCUCCUUGCCAAGGAAUAAGUGGUUAUAAUCGGUUUAGAAACAUUGAUUCCCCAUUAGCUGAUGAUAGAAAUCGUCAAAUUGUAGUCUUCAUGGAUAUAGUGGAAUUUUUAAAGCCCAAGUUUGUCUUGAUGGAAAAUGUCAUUGACAUUUUGAGAUUUGACAAGGCUUCUCUUGGAAGAUAUGCAUUAAGCCGUUUGGUACAUAUGAAUUACCAAGCAAGGCUUGGAACAAUUGCUGCCGGCUGUUUUGGUCUUCCGCAAUUUCGCUUGCGUGUAUUCUUGUGGGGUGCUCAUCCUAGUGAGAAACUACCCCCAUUUCCGCUUCCAACACAUGAUGUGAUUGUUAGAUAUUGGCCUCCACCUGAGUUUGAGCGCAAUACUGUUGCUUUGGAUGAAGACCAACCUCGUGUUCUAGAAAAGGCGCUUGUUCUUCAAGAUGCCAUCUCUGAUCUUCCUCAGGUAACAAGCUUUGAAACUCGUGAAGAAAUGUCAUACCAAAAACCUCCAGAAACUGAUUUUCAAAGAUAUAUAAGGUCAACUAGAGACGAGAUGACUGGCUCGACAUUAGAUGACUCUAAAAUAAAACAAUUACUCUACGACCAUCGGUCUUACCCGCUGGGUGAAGAUGAUUACCUACGUGUUUGCCAAAUACCAAAAAGAAAAGGAGCAAAUUUUCGGGACCUUCCUGGUGUAGUUGUAGGAACUGACAAUGUGGUUCGGCGGGAUGCAACAGAACAACCACUGUUGCCAUCUGGAAAGCCAUUGGUACCAGAUUAUGCCUUUACCUUUGAGCAAGGGAGGUCCAAAAGGCCAUUUGCAAGGUUAUGGUGGGAUGAGACAGUACCCACUGUAAUAACUUUCCCAAGCUGUCACAAUCAGGCAGCAUUACAUCCAGAACAGGACCGAAUCCUCACUUUAAGGGAAUAUGCAAGGUUGCAAGGCUUUCCUGAUUAUUAUAGAUUCUGUGGCACAAUUAAAGAAAGGUACUGUCAGAUUGGAAAUGCAGUUGCUGUUCCCGUUGCACGAGCCUUAGGAUAUGCCAUGGGAUUAGCAUUUAGAAAGCUAAUUGGGGAUGAACCACUCAUGACUCUUCCCCCAAAGUUCUCUCAUUCUAAUUAUCAUCAAUUGGUGAAGUCCCUAUCUGAUGAGAGUCUCUAGUAUUCAUUCUUUACCCCCUUCCUUUGACCUUAUAAAUUGUGUCAUUUUUUAUUCAUUAACCUUGAACCUUUGUUUUGUAAUUUGCGGAAUUGUUUUAAAAAAAUUUCUUGCUGAGCCCUAUUGUUGUUCAUCAAUGUAAACUGGUUCCAGCAAGGCAUCCUCCAUUCGCUUUCAAUUUAAAUAUGGUGAAAUGCGUGAUUGUGUAUCACCAUAAACAUUGUUAUUUGAGCAACUUAAUCUAAAUGGAAGAUGUGAAUAAAACCACUUAUGUACAAAUUUGUCA